GAAGGAGGAAAGAGAAGUAGAAGCAGAGAAGAUAAUUGAUCAAGAGAAAAGUGAACCCAGCCUGAUCUGUCCCCCGCCACGCAGCAGAAACUAUCUUCCUCCAGAGGAUAUACAGAGCUGCCUUGAGUUUCAUGUCAAGGAGAUUUUUGGACCUUCACUUCCUGAUAAUUGGCAGCAGACACCCCUCACAGAAAACAAGUUAAAGUACCGUCUCCUGGCUCAGCUGGCAGCAGAACUUGAUCAUGCUGUCCCCAAUUCACAGCUCCACCUGAUGCGCAGUGCUGAGGAUGUCUUGAAUUUCUAUAGCACUCCUGUGAAGGAUAUGUCCAAGUUUGAUGAACUAUGUGCUGCAGAGCUACCCCCAAACCUGAAGAUUACCUGGGAGCAGUGA